AUGGAAAGCAUAUUUGGAAGAAGACAACCUUACAUCGAUCCUGUUAUUGAGGAAUCGGAGGAGGAAAAUUUCAAAGAAAAAGAUGAGAAAGAGGUGAUAUCUGAUGUUGAUCAGGAGCUUGGAAUUAUUAAUGAUGAUGAUGAUGAUGAUGAUGAUGAUGAUGAUGAAGGGGAUUUGGAUGACGAUGAUGAGGAUAUUGAUGAACUUCUUGGUGAAGAUUCACGUUCCAGUGGUUUGAUUCCAUGGCAGCCUGUUGUGGUGAAGAAUGCCAGACCUCCACAUCCCUUGACUGUCACUCAUGUUAAUCAAACAAUUGACUUGAUGGGCCUCAAAAAUGCUGAGUCAGUUACUGCCUCUGAGCUUCAGACAUCAGAGGAAUGGCUGAAGUUUCACAGCCUUGAAUAUCUACAACUCACACUCAAGGACCUGGUGGACAAAGGAAAAGUUGGGAAUUUACAGCCAGACCACAGGACUGGGAAGCCAUCACAACAUAUACAGUUUGAGGCCUAUGAUGUCAAUGAAUUUGAGUAUCGUCUUAACACGUCCAUAGAGAUGUACACAAAACGAAUAAAGUGGCUCCUACAAGGAAGUAAAAGGGUGUUUGGUAACAUUAGAGGAAAGCGUGUUGCAGUCUUGGUGGACAACUCAGAUGCCAAUGCUGGAUUCGGAAGAUUGACAACUUUCCAGGAAUCUAUGAUUCACAUGUUGGAUGAGCAGCUUUCCACAAGGACAGCGAUUUACCUGAUGUCAUUUGGUACUGAUAUUGAUCCUCUUUGGCCAGUCUCACGUGAUGUCAAUUGUAGGAUUAUUGAGGAGGCCAAGGAAUGGGUGAUGAGAAUGAAGGCAUCAGGUGGCUGUAAUCUACUGAAGGCCAUGAAACAUGUGAUGAAUAUCCAGGAUAUUGACUCUGUUGUUAUCAUUCUCGGCAGUGUACCAGACCAAAGUUCGGAGAUAUUGUGUGACUAUAUCCAUCAGAUGGGCGUUGGUGAGGAGAGACCUCUCCAGACAGUGGCCUAUGACUGCAGUAACCAUCUUACUAAUAUUACUCUGAGGCACCUAUCAGAUGCAUCUGGAGGAAGUUACCAUUGCUAUACUGCAAGCUGUGAGGAGCAAAUCUACACCGGUACAGAAAUCAGUGUGAUUCUGAAGGAGAUACAGAAAUGUCAGGAUGUUAUCAACAAGAUCAAAGAGAUGCGCAAUGGUAUGAUGGGUAGUGCACUCAUCAGCAUCAUGAAUGAGAUCACCACAGAAGUUGCCAAACUGCCCCAGUCUCGGUUCCUGCCCCGUCCUCCAGGUCAUGAUCUGCCAUUACGUAUAGAAAUGCCAAAAUUCCAGCCCAGAACUUCUAUCAACUGGAUCCUGCAACAUGGACUUAAAGCCAAGCGUUUAGACCUGUACCAAGUCCUGGCUCCUAAUGCCUACUCGUACAAGGAGGAAUUCAUCCCUGUCAUCAAAAAGGCUGUUCAGUCCCAAGUCCAUGAGAAAGCCAUGGUACAGUUCCAGUGGCAUGAUGGGUCCAUGAAGAACAUCCAUGUCGAUAUGACUCACCUUUUUGAAUACCAGAAACAACUCCAUGAAGUAGUUGGUCUGUACGAGCGCCGAAUCAACUGGCUAGCCUGUGGCAGCAGAAGGAUUUUUGGGACAGUUACUGAGAAAAAUGUAGUGAUCCUGGUGGACCUGUCCGUGUCUAAUGUUAACUACCUGGUACAUAUCCAACACUCACUUAGGCUACUGCUGGAGCAGCAACUCGCCAACAAAAACUUCUUCAACAUUAUAGCAUUUGGAAGUAAAGCAGUGGGUUGGCGUCCUAUCAUGAUGAAACCAACAGCUGAGAAUCUUCAGGACGCUUGGAGGUGGGUACUGGACCUACAGUGUGGAGGCAGUAGGAACUUCUUGUCAGCAUUUAAACUGGCCAUGGAGAAUGAGCAGGAAGCCAGUCACCACAUUGAGCCGGAGGGUAUAUAUCUGUUUACCAGUGGAGUGCCUGAUCAAACCCUUGAUGUGGCUUCAUCAUUCAUUGAACAAUCCACAUCAGGCAAGAAUGUCAAAUUGCAUGUGGUCCUCUUUAACGUGGAUGACUAUAACUCCAAUGGAGCCAUUCCUGGUCGCUAUGCUAAUAUCACACGUACGUCGGAGGUUCUGAGGAACAUGGCACACUGCAGUAAUGGAAGAUUCCAUUGGUUCAGAGAAACAGGUAUCAUUGAGAACGAUGACAUCCAACACAUUACAGCUGAGAUAGACAAGGCACUCAACUUCUCCAGAAAGGUCCAGAUGUUAGUGGAGUCUGUCAAAAAGAAGUACAGGGACAGAUAUCACCACCAAUACCUAGACCAGAUAAAGGCACUACCAGCUCCUGAGUUUUCACAUCUAAAAAAUCGUGCCUUACCAGCACCAAGGCUUCCCAGUGAGCCGACUAAAUCGAGGAGUUCACGUACCGACUAUGAGAAGGAGACCAUGACAUCAUUACGCCUACAGCGACCAACAAGUGCUACAACAGCCCGGGAGGCAUCAGUUCGAACAUCAACCAAAGAACGACCUAUCUCAGCCAAGGAUCCCAUGGCACGAGUCAAAACUAAGAAAGUAGCAACUUCAAGCUUUUUCUUGGACAACAAUAAAGGCCAAACUGGGGAUGGAACAGGCACUGUGUUCAGGAAAUACCCAGCCAUGAAAUCUGUAAGGAGAGGUGUGGUAGAUGUUAACAUCCCAGACCAUGAGGAUGUCCAAACAUCCAAGGAGUGGUUGAGACUGUACAGCUUGUCAAAGCUCAAACUUGACCUCAACCGACUGGUGUCUGGACCUGACUGUAAACACAAGGAGAACAGUGUGAAAAGUCUCCACAAAAACGUCUCUGCAAAGUAUUGUGACAUUUUCCCUACAGUGAAUGUUAAAGGCACAAUAAAACAUCUUCAGCUGCUUCCACAUGAGUUAAAGGACUAUGAAGCACAGACUGAGAAAGUUUUGCGCCGUUAUCUAAAACGUCUACAAUGGCUCCUAAGUGGAAGUCGUCGGGUGUUUGGGACGUUGAUCCACAAAAAGUGUGUGAUUCUAAUUGACACCUCUGGAUCAAUGGACCCCUACAUGAAUGAGCUGAAGAAGGAAGUAGCUGCUCUGAUCUGGGAUCAGUUGUACAGACUGGGGGCAAGGUUCAAUCUUAUGAGGUUUUCUGGCGACUGUGAGGUCUGGAGUAGGAGUAUACAGCAUGCAACACAGGAACACUGUCACAGUGCUGUAAACUGGACAUCCAGACUGACUGCUGGUGGUAACACCUGUACAUUAGAGGCUCUUAGGCUAGCUUUCCAGGACCCUGAGAUUGAAGCCAUUUAUAUGUUGACGGAUGGUAAACCUGACUCUAGUACCACGCUUGUGUUGCGAGAAGUGGGAGAGAUGAACAUUAACAGGAAUGUACAAAUCAACACCAUCUCUUUCAACUGUGCAGACAGCACGGCCAAUAAUUUCCUACGAAUGUUGAGCAAGGAGACAGGUGGUCGAUUCCAUAAGAUUCAGAGCGACUUUGAUGCACAGCUGUUUGCUCACAAACUCUUGACAGAAGGCUUCACUGACACAGAGUAUCCCCACCUGCCUGAGUUUGAGGGCGAUGAUCUACGCAGACUAGGAGCAGAAAUAGCAAUGGCUCGACGCUUCCUGGCACAAUCUAGGCAAUACAGAGCACUUUACCAGUCUAAAGUAGCACAGACUGAUAAGACAGCCAAUAGUAAGCCCACAGUGACACCAUUUGUGGUUGGAAAACCUAAAACGGCCACCCGGUAA